GAUAUGUCAGCUGUUCAGCACCGUGCUCCAUCACAGCAAGAACAAACUAGUGAGCAUAUUAUAGGCUGUCAGCUUCAGGGACCGGGAUACAGCAAACAAAGCUGGGCUCGCUUUUGGUUGGUUAAACUUUUCCAGUUCAGCUUGAAGGCUUUGUGUAAGACAUGAUGUCAUAAUGGAUCAUUUCACUGGGGCAACAGGGAGGAUGUAAAGGAUAGAUACUUUCUGUACAGAUUCCUUGUUGUAGAGAGUAAAUCUUCAUCCACCUUCCUCCGAAAAGCUGAAGACAUGGGAGACAAUAAAACCGGAGGGAUAGUUGCAGCUGCACUGAACCGUCUGAAAGUGGUGAAGGGUUUGGAGGAUGUGGAGGUGUCAGAGUGCGAGAGCUGCUCCUUUGAGGUGACUCUUAACCUGGCUUAUGUAGAGGGCAUCUGGACCAGGGAUGGGAUGCAGGUUAAGUCGAAGCCCAGUUGUCGCAUCAGCGCACACGGGAAAAAACACGGCCUUGUCCUGAACCGGGUGGCUUUGGGAGAUGCUGGUUUAUACUGUUUCCAGGCCAGUGAGGUUCAGACCUCAGGCAGGCUCGUUGUCAGAGCCAGAGACAUACACAUCGAGAAGGAACUGGAGGACGUUGACACGCUUGAGCGUCAACCCGUCAGUUUUCAAUGCGAAGUCAACCAGGCGGAUGUGGAGGGUCGGUGGUACCGAGAUGACUGCAGAAUCCGACCUGGGGACAACAUCAAGAUAAGACACCAGGGUAAAACGCACGCCUUGCUCUUCAAGUCGGUCCGACCAGAACACGCUGGUGAGAUCAGAUUCACGGCAGAGCGGGUUUCAUCGUAUGCCACUCUCACAGUAAAAGAGCUCCCAGUCCAAAUAAUUCGACCUCUGAGGGUCAAAAUCGCCAUGUAUCGCCACAGAGGUCUGCUGGAGUGCCAGGUGUCGAGGCCUAACGCUCAAGUCAGAUGGUACAAGAACAGGAAGGAGCUCCUGCCCAGCAAGAAGUAUCAGCUGAUCAGCCAGGACGUCUACAGGCAGCUGACCAUCGAGGAUGUCCGCUCAUCAGACGAAGACACCUACACGUGUGAUGCAGGAGACGACAAAACCUCCUGCCAGCUUCUGGUGGAGGAGCAGGCCAUCAGCAUAGUCCGGGGGAUGAAAUCCAUGGAGGUGAUGGAGCCAAAGCCGGCCCUGUUCCAGGUAGAGACCAGUCUAAAGUCCGGGAGGCCCCCGAAGUGGACCCUGAAGGGUGAGGUGUUGGAGCACUCAGCAGGAGUGAACAUUGACAGGCAGGGGAACCUCCACAGUCUGUGUCUCACCAGCACAGACAGCUCCAUGUCAGGGCCUGUGGUCUUCAUGGCUGGAAAGAGCCGCUCCACCGCUCAGCUUACUGUUAACGUGCGGCCUCUUGAGGUGGUUCACCACCUUGAUGAUGUGGAGGCAAAGGAGAGCAGCUCUGUGAGUCUGAGCUGCGAGUUCGCCCCGUCUCCCCGGGUGGUGCGGUGGUUUAAAGGUCGCACGGCUCUGAAGGUCUCCAACAAGUACACCAUGAAGCGAGAGGGGAAACGAGCGGAGCUGAUCGUUCACGGCCUGACAGGGAUGGAUGCCGGACAGUACCGCUGCGUGGCUGGUGGUGCGCAAAGCACCGCGGAGGUCAAGGUGGAAGUGAAAAGAUUGAAGCUGGUCAAACACCUUGAGCCUGUCGACAUUGAGGAGGAUGGCGUCGCUACGUUUUCAUGCGAGCUCAACUACGUCGUCGCCAAUGCCGAGUGGCUGCUUAACAACGUCCGGCUCAGGUCUAACGCCGUCAACCGGAUCCAGCACAUGGGCACGAUGCACAGCCUCGUGAUGCAAAAGCUCAGACCACAGGACAGCAGGGUCACGUUUAAAGCAGGCCUUCUGACCGAGACGACAAUCUUAAAAGUUAAAGAGCGCCCGGCGGUGUUUCUCCGGUCCUUGGAGGAUGUAGUUGGAGAGGAGCAAGGGGAGGUUUGCCUGCAGUGUGAAAUCUCCAAAGAUUCAGUGACGCCUCUUUGGAGGAAGGACGGCGUUGUCCUGACACCCGAUGACAAGCAUGAGUUUGUGCAGUGUGGGAAGUGCAGGGCACUGAUCAUCCACUCACUGAGUAAGGAGGAUGCUGGGCAGUACACCUGUGACCUGGGCACCAGUCAGUCCAAGGCGAAGGUUACAGUGCACGAUCUACAUAUUACCAUCGUCCAGCGGAUAAAGACAGUUUCUGUUCAGGAGGGCGAUAACUGUGCUUUCGAGUGCCAUCUCUCUCACGGUCUGGAUGAUGACCCUGUUUGGACCAUCAAUGGUCAGGCGGUGGUCACCAACAGCCGCGUUCAGCUCGUCAACAACGGCCGCGUCUUUAAGAUGGCCAUUAAAGACGUCACCCUCUCUGACGCUGGCGACGUGGUCUUCGCGGUUAAAGACCUGAGCUGUAGGACCAUGUUAUUUGUGAAAGAGAAGCUUGCGCACAUCUUCAGGGACCUGCUGAAUGUGAAGGCCGUGCCUGGGGAGGACGCCGAGCUGAGCUGCCAAAUCACAAAGCCAGAAGUGACCGUUCGUUGGCUGAAAAACGGACGUCCAGUCAGGGACAGCCCUAAAUACGAAAUGAGCACGGAGAAGAACCUGGCAAGGCUGUUGAUCAAGAAUGCCUCCAUCAGAGACUCUGGUGAAUACUGCUGCGAGGCUGACGGCGUUGCAUCCCGGGCCAAGGUGGAGAUCAGAGAACUUCAGCACACUUUCGCAAGGGAGUUGAGAGACAUGCGAGGAGAAGAAAAGAGUAAAGUAACGCUGGAGUGUGAGACCAGGAGGCCAGCCAAGCGCGUGACGUGGCUAAAGGGCAUGGUGGAGCUCAGACCUGGGAAGAAGUAUGUCGUCAAGCAGAAGGGAGUCGUUCUGUCCCUAACCAUCACCUGCCUGGAGAAAUCAGACACGGAUAUUUACGUGUGUGAUGUUGGUACCAUGCAGAGCCGGGCACAGCUGACUGUGCAGGGUCAGAAGGUGAUCAUCUUGGAUGAAUUAGAAGACGUGGAGUGCCUUGAAGGUGACACGGUCACAUUCAGGUGCCGAAUUUGUCCCGACGACUACUGCGGGGUCAAGUGGUACCUGGACGAGACUCUGCUUUAUACCAACGAGCUCAAUGAGAUCCAGAUGGUACCGGGUGGCCUUCACACCCUCACAUUUAGACAGCUUGCUCGUAAAGACACUGGCACUAUUUCAUUUGUAGCAGGGGACAAAAGAUCGUACGCCUCACUUCUAGUUAGAGAGAGGCGUCCUACCAUCAUCAAAGCACUGGAGGACUGUGAGGCUUUUGAGGGCGGCGGCUUAGUUUUGUCUUGUGUGACUUCCAAACCGUGCCACAUCUUGUGGUACAAAGAUGGCUGCCUGAUGUGGCACUCCUCCAGAUACUUCACCAGCCAUUCUGGCUGCGAGGCACGACUAACCAUUCGAGAGGUUAGCAGCGGCGAUGCUGGAGUGUACGAGUGCAGCGCUGGAUCUGUCACGACCACGGCUGUCGUCACUGUCAAAGCCAUCCCAGCAGAGUUCACCCAGCCUCUGAACGCUGUAGAGGCCAAGGAAGGAGAGGCCGUCACAUUAACCUGUGAAUACUCCUUACCUGGAGUCCAGUUUCACUGGAGGAAAGGUUUUGAGAACAUCCGACCUGGAGAUAAGUACGUCAUGAAACAGAGGAAGACCAUCAUCUCUCUCACCAUCAAAGCACUCAGGCCUGAGGACUCAGGAGAGUACACAUGCCAGUGCAGACAACACCAGACGACAGCUAGUCUCAAAGUACACGCAAUUCCCAUUACGUUCACUCAGCAACUGAAGAACCUGCAAGCUGAGGAGGGCAGCAGUGUGAUAUUACGCUGUGAAAUCUCCAAACCUGGCAUACCGGUGGAAUGGAGGAAGGAGCCCGAGCUGCUGAGGAACGGCAUCAAGUUCCAGAUGAGGAAACGGGAGACCACCUUGGAGCUCCUGAUAUGGAAGCCUGUCCCGGAGGACAGCGGGGAGUAUAGCUGCGUGUGCGCUGAUCAGAUAACGUCUGCCACAGUCAGGAUCACCGCUCUGCCAGUCACCUUCAAGCAGAAGCUGAGGAACGUGUCGAUUGAGGAGGGCAACACGGCGACGUUUCGCUGUGAACUCUCCAAGCCGGGUCAAACCGCCGAAUGGAGGAAAAGUCGAGACGAAGUCAUCAGGAACGGAGAAAAGUAUCACGUGCGACAGAGAGACACACUUAUUGAACUCAGGGUCAUUGAUGUGACUCCUAAAGACAGCGAUAUCUACACAUGCAUCUGCGGAGACAUUGAGACAACGGCCACUCUGACUGUGAAUGCCAUUCCUGUAACGUUCAAGCAAAAGCUGAAGAACCAGCAAGUGGAGGAAGGACACAACAUCACGCUGAAUUGUGAGAUUUCCAAAGCCGGUGUCCCGGUGGAGUGGAGGCUCGGAGGAGAGAAGCUGGAGAACGGAGACAAGUACCAGAUGAAGCAGAGGGACUCCACCCUGGAGCUGACCAUCAGAGACGCUGCGCCGGAGGACAGCGGUGUCUACACCUGUGUGUGCAGAGAGCAAAAGACUAAGGCAACUGUCAAAGUUAUCGCGGUUCCUGCCACAUUUAAAGUGGGUUUGAAGAGCCAGGAAGUGGAAGAAGGUAACGGUGUGACUCUGCAUUGUGAGCUGUCAAAGAAAGGCGUCCCCAUCCAGUGGCUGAAAGACGGUCAGGUGCUGUCUGAAGAGUUGAGCCGAGACAAAUACCUGAUAAAGGUGGAAGGAAAGAAAGCUCUCGUGACUAUUUCCAACGUGCAACCCAAUGACGCAGGGAGGUACAGCUGCGUCACUGGAGAUGAGAAAACCUCAGCAGACGUACGAGUCAAAGCACUUCCUGUAACGUUCAAACGAGAGCUCCAGAGCCUGAUAGCCACAGAAGGAGACUGCGCAGUUUUCUGCUGCGAGCUCUCCAAACCCGAAGCUCCCGUGGAGUGGAGGAAAGGCAGAGUCGUCCUGAAACCUGGAGAGAAAUAUGAAAUGAAACUGGAGGGCCGUCUAACCAAACUGACCAUCAACAGGGUGGAGGAGAGCGAUGCUGGCAAAUACACCUGCAAGACGAAACACAGCCAGUCCACCGCUGAGCUCAGAGUCCGAGCUCUCCCUCCCAGCUUCACGCUGCCGUUAGUUAACCAGGAGGUCACUGAGGGCAACGUUGUGGCUCUGCACUGCGAGCUCAGCAAGCCUGCUCCCUCGGUGGAGUGGAGGAAAGGAGCAGAGCUGCUCAAGAACGGAGACAAGUAUCAGAUGAGGAAGAAAGACCUGCGGGUGGAAAUGAAGAUCGCCGAGCUCACAGUGGAGGACUCUGGGGAUUACACUUGUAUGUGCGGGGAAGAGAAGACCACAGCGCGCCUCACAGUGAAUGAAAAGCCCGUCAAAUUCCUUCAGGAACUACAGAAUAUUCAAGUACAGGAGGGGGAAGUGGAGUGA